AAGGAACGAGCAGUUUUACAAAAAUGAAGUAAAUUAUCGAUUCCCCUCCGUGUGUUGCUUCUUCAGAUCUGCUAGAUUUUCGCUGCGUUUGUAGUUGGAAGAAGGUCUUUUCAGCCUUUAGGUUUUAAAUAUCGCGCCAAAUGGAAGGAAGUGGUGGUGAUAGUGCUUCAAUGGCAACUCCUGUGCAACAACAUGCACAUGAAGCGUGGCGGCGUUACCAGUAUUAUCUGGACAAGACCACGCCUCAUGCUGUUUAUAGGUGGAUUGGAACUGUAGUCAUUGCUCUUAUCUACUUUCUGAGGGUUUACUACCUUCAGGGGUUCUACAUCACCACCUAUGGCCUUGGGAUCUACAUUCUGAAUCUGCUCAUCGGGUUUUUAUCACCUCUGGUGGAUCCUGAGGUCUCGGUCUCGGAUGGACCUAUGCUGCCUACUAGAGGUUCAGAUGAGUUCAAACCAUUUAUUCGCCGACUCCCAGAGUUUAAAUUCUGGUACUCCAUGACAAAGGCUUUCUGCAUAGCUUUUCUGAUGACGUUCUUCUCUGUGUUCGAUGUUCCCGUGUUCUGGCCUAUUCUUCUGUGUUAUUGGAUCGUUCUCUUCGUGCUGACAAUGAGACGCCAAAUCUCACACAUGAUCAAGUACAAGUACAUUCCUUUCAGCAUUGGAAAACAGAAAUACGGUGGCCGGAGAUCUUCGCCCAGCGGCAGCGGCUCCCGUGCCGAUUGAUCGAUCAGACCGUAGUGUUCUUCCCGGAAAACAAAAAGAAAUGGAUCCGUUUGCUCAUUUUCGACGGAUUUAUAGUCUACGGUGAUGGAUUGGGCCUAGUAUUAAUGCAAUUCGUUUCUAUUGCAGGAGAAAUUGUGGUGUUUAGCUCUCACUCAUGAAUCCGCUGGCUUCUCCUUGUAAAUAUAAUUUCUUUUUCAGAAUUUAUGAUGUCCUCUUGUUAUCAAAUUCCAUAACGAUUAUGGGGUUUUAUAUUUAUUCAAUUGUUAAACAUUCACUUUUA